CUUACCAACAUGCAGACAAAGCUCUUCCUCGCGUCGCUUGUCGUCGCCGCCGUCGCCGCCGCCGACAAGUGCCCGACCGUGUGCAUUGACCUCUUUGACGAGGUCUGCGGCUCGGACGGCAAGACGUACACCAACGAGUGCAAGCUCGACAUCGCCGCCUGCGCCGACCCGACCAUCAAGCUCGUGAGCAAGGGCGCUUGCGGCUCGCAGGCCGGCUGCCCGAUUCGCGGCUGCAUCGAGAUCUUGUCGCCGGUCUGCGGCUCGGACGGCGUCAACUACGAUAACGAGUGCUUCCUUCGCAAGGCCAAGUGCACGAAGCCCGAGCUCACGCUCGUCUCCAACACGUCGUGCGACGGGUCGACUCUGAACUCGACCAAGACGACGGCGCCAACAACCGUCGUCUCGAAGCCGGUGGUGACGACGACGGCCGCGCCCUCGACGGCAGCCCCCAAGGCGCCAGCGCCCAGCGCCGCCGUCAGCACAAGCGUUCAGUGUGGCGUGCUCGCCAUUGCCGGCCUCGCUGUCUAUGCCACCGCGUAAAUUGGUGCACCGUGUUAAUAUAAAGUCAAGCUUACUACUAUCUACUAAGAAUGCUCUCUCGAC